AUGAAUCGUCUCUUCGGAUACCGACAAUCCCAGCCUAGCGAUAAUGCUGCACUUCCAUCAUCAUGGUAUCGUUCCGAAGCUAUGUACAGCCUCGAGCGGCGUGCCAUCUUCUCGAAGAAGUGGAUGCUUGUCUCGCACCAGCUGAGGAUAAAUGGCUUCCACAAUAUCUGCAGACACCGCGCAUAUCCGCUGGUGGAGGAAGAAGCCAGAACGGUCAAGAUCCUUGCAUGCAAAUACCACGGCUGGUCAUAUGGACUCAACGGAAAGCUUGCCAAAGCACCUCGUUACCAAGAGCUCGAUGGCUUCGACAAAGAGAAAAAUAGCCUGUUCUCGAUCCACGUCCACAUCGACAAGCUGGGUUUCGUCUGGGUGAAUCUCGAUGCCGCGGAAACGCCAGCUGUGCGAUGGGAGGAUGACUUCGCCGGCGUCGAUGAACAGCCUCGUCUGAAGCCGUUCGAUUUUUCGCAGUACCAGUUCGACCAUGCGUAG